AUGGGUCCGUUUGUGAUUCAUACGUCAUCGAGAUUUAAACUCCUGGCAGGCGUUGGCGGUUUUGUCACGCGCCGCACCGACUCCGUCCGUCAAGCGAGCUCAACCGUGCGUGGCAAGGUGUUAACCUACUGCAAGGUUUCAACGUUGAGGGAAAGCCUAUCAAAGCCGCCAAGUUUUCUGCACAUCGACGAUAACGACGAGGCGAAAAUAGAUGCUUUAUUGGAGCGUGCUUCAGAGAUUAAACACAUAAUCUCGUCUAAUGACUUGGCGUAUCAGCCAUUUAAGGGCAGGACACUUUGCAUGAUCUUCACGAAACCAUCCCUUCGUACCAGGGUUUCGUUUGAAACAGGAUUCCAUCUUCUUGGAGGGCAUGCGAUUUAUCUUGGACCGGAAGAUAUUGGACUCGGUGGACGCGAGGAUACGAAAGAUAUUGCGCGUGUACUUUCUAGAUAUAAUGACAUCAUUAUGGCAAGAACAUUUGCCCACCAAGAUGUUCUCGAUCUUGCGGAGUAUGGCUCAGUGCCUGUUGUGAACGGUUUGACAGACUUUAAUCACCCUUGCCAGAUCAUGGCCGAUGCUCUAACCAUCAAGGAAGCUUUGGGGUCCGUAAAAGGAAAGAAGAUCGUCUAUGUAGGUGAUGGAAAUAAUAUUGUGCAUAGCUGGCUCGAGCUCGCGACUGUGUACCCUAUUCAUUUCGUUUGCUGCUGCCCAGAAGGUUAUGAACCAGACCCAAAGUUACUUGAGCGCGCACAGGCAGGUGGAAUUUCCACCGUGGAAGUCAGAUGUGAUCCCGCAGAUGCAGUCCGAGGUGCAGAUGUCAUAUAUGGGGACGUUUGGGCUAGUAUGAACGCAGGACAGAAGGAAGAGGGACAGUCAAGAUACAAGGCAUUUGAUGGUUUCCAGAUAAAUGGCAAGUUAAUGGCUGCAGCUGGACCUCAGUGCAAAUUCAUGCACUGCCUUCCAGCAGAAAGAGGUCUGGAGUGCACGGAUGAGGUUAUGGAAGCUCCAUACUCCCUCGUAUUCCAGGAGGCUGAAAACAGGAUGCAUGCACAAAAUGCAAUCAUGCUCGAUCUUCUGGGUUGCUAGUCAUCAAAUCCCGCUUCCUUAUUUCCGACCCAUGGUCAGUUGCU